AUGGUGUUACUUGAAACGGUUUGUCUGUCUGAAGUAGCUACGUAUAUUAGCGAUAUGUCUGUAAUGAUGCUUUUUGAGUGCGUAAGUAAAAGAUGUGAACAAAUAGUAUGUUUAAUGAAAAGAUGUCCUCCACUUAAUAACCUUCAUAGUGUUAGUUCAUUUAUAAAAAAGAAUAAUGUAAAAGUUAUAUCUGCAGACGGUUUAAUGUUUUGUCCAGAACUUUUUAAAAAAGUUGACUUUAUUGAGAAACUUUCUUCAGGUAUUGUUACACAAAUAUUAGAAAAGAACAUGGUUAGUAAUAAGAAUGAAACAGAUAUAUUUAACGAGUUAUUUCCCAGAAUUGUUUCAUUAAGAGAAUGUGAUAAUUCUUUUCUUCAAAAAUUUUUGUUAUUUGAUUUCCAUUUAAAAAGUAUUGAAGGAAGUCUUAGUUUCCUUCAAAUGUUUGUUCAUUUGUUUCAAUUUCUUAAUAUCAAAAAGAAUAAAUUUCCAUCAGUUGUAUAUGUUCUUCUUGUAAGUUCUGUAGAUUUAGAACUCAAUGAAGAAACACUUCAACCAAUAUUUAACAUCAAGUCACAAUAUAAUAGUAAAGUGAUACUCAAAAUAAGAGAACUAAAAAGAUGGGAAUCAAUCAAAAAUGUUCCCUUUGAUAUUGUAGAAGUUACAAACGGACCUUUUAAUGAUAUAGAAAACAUUAAAGCACAAAUAUGUAUUCCUCAUAACUUCUAUUUUUAUAAUGACGAUUUCAGUACAAACAAAAGAGGUAAAAAAGUUAAUCAAAUAAUAAACGAUUGUGGCAUUAUAAAAUUAAAUUUUAAUACUCUCGAAAAAGAAGAAGAAACAAAGAGUUGUAUGUCUGUUAAAAACUGGAUAUUACCAAAUUGUGUUCAAACAAUUGUUUUGCAUAAUGGAAGUGAAGAGACUAUUUUUAAUAUGGACAAUGUUCAUUGUAUCGAAUUUAAAAAUUAUGAACACCCAGUCAUCCAUUCUAAUUGGAUUUAUUUAUCAGAGUUGAAAUUUAAGAACAGAAAACACUUCUUUAAUUCAACAAGAUCUGCAGAAGAAACCAUUUAUUUUUUAGAUGAUGUUACUCAAGAAAAAUAUACUCUAUAUGAUCCAUCUCCUAUUAUUAAUACAUUUUUACCAUCACUUACUAAUAUAUUUAUUAAAGACAUAUCAGGUAUUAACAUCCCAGAAUUUAAAUCAUUAAAGAAAAUGAAAGUUCUUAAUUGUAAUAAUAUUAAUUGUAAUAAUUUAAAUUCAUUAGAAUCAUUAAAAGUUAUUCAAUGUAAUGAGUGUACAUUUAACUUAUUAGAAAAUCAAUUAAAAAAAGUAAUUGUCUCAUCAAGUCACUCCUGUUGGUAUGAUCUUUUAAUAAAAUUGUCAGCAAUUCUUUCUUUUGAUUGUUGUGAAAAGAUUGUUCUUUCAGUAAAUCAAAAAGAAGAAAAUAAAAUAACAUUAAAGAUAAAUAAUUGUCAAGGUAUAUCAAUUUUUAAUACAAACCCACAAUAUAAAAGUGUCGAAGUGACUAGUUAUUCUUUUGUAAUUUUUCAAAACACAAAAACUUGUAUUGAUAAAUUUGUUGUUGAUAACUCUUCUAUGGCAUCUAAAACAUUUUUUACUAUUCAAGAAUAUUUAGAAAUAACAAAUAUUUCUCAUAUGUUAUCAUUUGAUUGUUUAGCACAAAAAGUUUCAAUUAGUAACAUUUCCAAAAUGAAAUUUAACAAUUGCUUUCCUAAUAUUAAAGAAUUAGUUUUAAGGCAAUGUGAUAAUUGUUCAUUCAUCUUAUCAUUAAAUAAUUUAAAAAAUUUUAAUAUGAGUCAAUGUAAUAAAACAUCUUUUGAAUGUAACGGAAUAGAAGGAAGUAUUAUUGAUACUGAACUUAUUCAAAAUAAAGAAUGUAAUUUAAAAAUUAUUACAAGUCAAUUAAAUAUUAAAAAAUUUCUAGGAAAUAAAGAAAUAUCAAUUAAUCCUGAAUGUCUCAUUAGAAUAAAAGAAAUAAUGAUAGAAGAUAGUGAAAAUAUUAAAUUAAAUUUAAUUCAAAGUCUUUUAGAAAGAGUUACAAUUAAUAAUUCACUUUCAAUAGAAAUAAGUGGAAAUGUAAAGAAAGAAAAUCAAAUAAUCUCAUUAAAUCUUAAUAAUUGUCAAAGGUGUUUAUUUAAUAUAGAAAAACAAAAUAUUCUAAUAGAAGUAUUAAAAAAUUCAUCAGAAAUAUUGUUCACUAAUGAAACUAAUUUUUAUGGAGAAGUUCUUGAAAUUAUUAGAUGUCAAAAAAUUAAAUUAGAAUUUAAAAGAAAUUCUUUUAAAGAUGUUAUACUAAAACAAUGUAAUGAUAUUAUCAUUAAAGGAAAUAAAAACGAAAAUAUAAUAUUAACAAAUUAUAAUAUUAUUUCAUGUAUAAAUUGUGAAAUUAAUUUAAAAAAUAAUAAUUGUAAUUUAGUUAAUGCAAAUACAUGUGAUGAAUGUACAUUUAAUUUUGUAUUAAAUAAACAGAGUGUAAUAUGCUUUAUUAAUAUUAAUAAUAGUAUUUGUGAAUUAAAAGGUUCAGAAACAAAAAUAAUAAAAGUUAUUAGAUGUUUUCAUUCUGAUUUUAAAGGAAAAAUAAAUAAAGUAGAAAGAGUAAUUUGUUGUUUAAAUGAAAUGGUAGAACUUCCAAAAUUUAAUGAUAAUACAAAAAUUGAAUUUAAAGAAGAAGAAGAAAUUAUAGAAUUAAAUAAAACAAAGAAUAUUAAAUUAAAUGAUGAUCAAUAUCAAUUAGUUAUUCAAAAUGGAGAUGAAAAAAUUUGUUCAUUGAGUACAAAAGAAUGUAUCAGUCUUAAACUAGAUAAUGUUAUUGACUCUACCUUUGAUUUAAGUCAAAGCCAUAUUUCAGAAUUUACAAUGAUUAAUUGUAGUAAUGAUACUUUAAAAGGAAAUUCUGGAUUAGUACUAAUGAACACAUCAAGAAUUAUUAUAAUAAAUAGUAUUUAUCAAUACAUUUAUUUAGAUAAAGAAUCAAUUAAUGAUAUAACAAUAGAAAAUAGUGAAAUUUCAUUGUUAUUAAUUGAGAAUAAAAUUAAAUCGAAAACAUGUAAUACAAAUCACAAAUUAAAUCCAAACAUUGUAUUCAUUCAAAAUUUAAUAUUAAAAAAUGGUACCAUUCGUAAAUUACUAGAAUACCCUGAACUUCAAAUCAUUAUAGAAAAAGUAGAAAUUGAUGGUAAUUUUGGUAGUUCAUUUGAUAUGCUUAGUGUACUUCCAAAAGUAACAAAAAAUCUUUUAAUAUUAAACAUUCAAAUAGUUGUUAUAGAAAUGAACUCUGAAAUAUUAGAAGUACUUGAAAUUACUAAAGCAAAAACAGUUGAAUUAAAAUAUUUUAAUCCAAAGAAACAAAAAAUAAUUCUUAAUAAAUGUAAAAAGGUAACGAUAUACUCUAAUGAAACAAUAAAUAUUUUACAAGAGAGAAUUGAAAGCAUAGAAUGUGAAGAUAUUCAGUUCUUUAAAAAUGAAUGGGAAGUACAAAGGUAUAUAAAAUCAAAAUAA